AUGGAUGCACUGUUCGCGGCAUAUGCGAGCGACGAAGAUGAGGAACUUCAGUUGAGCCUGAAAGGAGAUAAAGAACAAGAAGGCGGAACUCUUGGUAAAGCUAGAAGUGACGAGGCAGCAGACGCAGAUAGAUGGGAAGGGGAGAAUGCGAACACCGUGUAUGAUGGGAAGGGGUACGCCGCAUGUGAGGUGGCCAAAGCAAAGGUCAAAGUGGAUCACGGAGGGAGAGUGCGAACAUUCCCCCAUGUUGAAGGCAACUUCGCCGUUCAUGUUACCAUCCCUGCCUCUCUCCAGCCGCUCCUCCAAUCGCACCUCCUCACUGCCAUCAGCGCCCUCCCUGCACUGGCGCCUGUGGACCCGGACUCACUCAAAGCUGCUGCUGCUGGUGUUUGUGUUGGUGGUGGUGCUGCUACUGCUGAUUGUGGUUUUGGUGCUGCUGUUACUGGUGCUGGUGGUGGUGCUACUACUGCGGCUGCAAUGCAUACCCUGGUUACAGGGGAGGUUCACAUGACGGCUGCUCGCACUGUCCCCAUCCGCUUCCAUCAGAUCGACUCCCUUCUCAGCCUGCUGCGCUUGCGACUCAAGCCACAAAAACGCUUCCACUUACAUUUGGACAAGUGGACGGCAUUCGUUAACGACGAGAAGACUCGCUCCUUCCUCGCUCUUGAACCUGCCCGGGAGGGACUGCCUGAGUUCGCCUCUCUGGUUCAUUGCAUCGACCAGGCAUAUGCUGUUCACGGUCUUCCUCCAUACUAUGAUAACCCACGCCCACACGUCUCCCUGCUCUGGGUAGCUGCACAAGCAGCACUCAAGUCGUUUCUUGCAGCCCACCAGGAGCGUUUGUCCUCUCUGCCCGUUCAGCUGCCCGAACCAAUCACUUUAGGGGAGGGGCCAGGCAUCGGCUUAGCUCGGGGCAGCCAGGUCGUAUCGCCGGGCUCUGAUUGGUCGCUGGGAAAUCUCGUGAGAUAUGGAGCCGAUCACUCACAUGCCGCUACGAGUGUUGUGAUUCGGCUGAGAGAGGAGCUGGGGAGAGUUACUUCCGUCCCCACCAUGAUUGCUGUGGAUGAGUUCAACGCGUGGUUCACAUUUGCGGGCUUCUUCGAAUCCACAGGAGACAGAAGUCGGAGGCAGAUACAUGCCGGAGAGAUGCGCAUGGUGAACGCCUUCCGUCCCUUGCAAGGCAGUGUCAUCAUGGCAGCUGCAUUCUCUGAGUCCAUAGCAGUGGGGAGGCUGCCUGCCGUGCUGCCGGGGGUGCCUAAGGGCGUGCGGCUCACCGUGCCUCGCUUCACUGUCGACGAAACGCUCGCACUGCUGCAGUACUAUCAAAAGAGCUGCAAGCUGGGCCGUGUGACGGAUAAUGAGGAGGAUAUUAAGGAGGCUGCAAUUCGUCACGGGCAGGCAGUGCACAAUUUGGUGAUGGACACGGAGCAGUAUAAGCUCGAAAAGUAUCUCGACUGCCCGCUCAGCACCCAGGGAUUUGAGCAGGUAGCAGAGCUGCGCAGGCAAGUAGCGGCCAACCCUCCUCCAGGAUUCCCUGCCGACCUGAUAGUCGUCUCUCCCCUGCUGCGCACACUGCAAACAGCAGUGGGCGCCUUUGCCCCUCCUAACACUGCAAUUCCAGUCGACCUUCCCCUGAAAGAAGCAGCUUCCAAGAACUUUCCUGUUGUGGGCGGGUGCACAGCAGGAACCAAUGGGGUGGAAGCGGUUGUGCCUGCGACUGUUGUGACGGCUCCUGUGGCAGCUGAAGGUGGUAACCAGGUUACCACCACGCUGCCAGCACACAUUCUGGCCAACGAGCUCUGCAGAGAAACGCUGAUCACGGAUGACGAGGAUGCGCUGUGGAAGGUGGAGCCCAGGGAGACUCGUGAGGAGAUUGCACAACGAGCUACUGAUCUCGCAGCAUGGCUGCUUGGACUCAAGGAGCAAUCCAUAGCAGUCGUCUCUCACAGCGGGUUCCUCCAUGCCUUCGCCACUGUUGGCCUGCCCCCGCACCUACGGCCCGAAAACAAGCUCGUCUAUUUUGAGAACUGCCGGCUACGCUCGUACAUCCUCUCAGCCGAAGACUGA